AUGAGGUCCAUUACAGCCGCCAAGACCAUUGUCGGAAAGUCCAUUGGGCCAACCGGCUACGGACUGAUGGGAUUGACCCGUCCUUGGGACCAGAUUGAGUUCUCUGCUUCAACCAAACUGAUGAAGACUGCGCUCGAACAGGGUGCCAACGUUUGGAACGGGGUAUGGGGAAUCCACUACGGAACUCCUGACAGAAAUUCCUUGCACCUACUCAAACACUACUUCGAGCAAAACCCGCAGGAUGCGGACAAGGUCGUCCUCAGCAUCAAGGGCGCCUACGAUGGCAAGACCCACAUCCCGGACUGCAGUCCGGAGGGCAUCCGGGCCUCCGUCGAAGAGGCCGUUCGAGUCCUUGGUGGCUACAAAAAGAUUGACGUCUUCGAGUGCGCUCGAGUCGACCCCAAUGUCCCCAUCGAAACCUCCGUCCAGGCUCUCGCAGAACUCAUUAAGGAAGGCAAGAUUGGGGGCAUCGGCCUUAGCGAGGUCAGCGCCGAGACCAUACGCCGCGCGCACGCCGUGCACCCCAUCGCGGCAGUCGAGAUCGAGCUAAGCAUUUUCACGCCCGAUGCCGUAACCAACGGUGUCGCCGAGGCAUGCCACGAGCUCGGCAUCGCUCUCGUCGCCUACAGCCCCGUUAGCCGCGGCCUCCUCGCCGGCGAGUUUCGCAGGCCUGAAGAUCUCCCCGCCAACGACAUGCGCCGCAUGUUGCCGCGCUUCAAGUCGGACGCCUUCAUCCAGAACUUCAAACUUGUCGAGGCGGUCGAGAAGAUUGCCGAGCGCAAGGGUGCGACGGUCGCGCAGGUGGCCAUCACUUGGGUGCGGCGGCAGGGAGCCAUCCCGAUUCCCGGGUCGACAAAAGCGGAGCGAGUGGUGCAGAACUGCGUAGACGUGGAGCUGAGCGACGACGAUUUGAAAGAGAUUUGGGCGCUGAUUGAGAGCUUGCCUAUCGCGGGACAGCGCUAUGGCGGCAAGUUUGAGCAGUAUCUCAACCAGUGA